AUGUAUCGUUCUAACAAUGGCCAUGAUAUUCAAUAUUCCACUAUGUAUAAAUCGGAUCGAAAUGAUCGACAAUAUGAUGACCAUCGUAAAGGAGAUAGUCAAUAUCCAAUCGAUUUUGUUCCUGUUAAACCUCUUAAACGUAUUGAUUUAAAUCAGCCAAAUUUUCAAACACCAUUUCAUCCUGAUUAUCAUAAUAAAAAAACAAAUUAUUCCAAAUUACCAUUAACAUCACAGAAUGAUCAAAAAGGAUUUACAUCUGAUAUUAGUCAAUCAAAUAAUAAUCUUAUGAGAGAAGUAAAAAAUCAAGAUCAUAAACCAUCUGUCGAUUAUCCAUCAAAAACUCAAUAUUCCACAUCUAUACCACAAAAUGUAGAUUCAGAUCUAUGGUUAAAACAGCAAACUACGCCCAUUAUUUCUCAAAAUUCUGUCUCUCCUACUUCUACAACGUUUCAGCAUCAAACUAUCAGACAACAAAAUACAUUUAUUCGAACUCAAUCCACUGAGAGAAAAAAUCGUCCACUAAUUAAAACUUAUUCAUUUAAUACAAUAAAUUCACAAAAAAAUGAAAAAUCUGAAAUUAAUCAACGUCCACUUGAAAAAUUAUAUGAAAAAAAAUAUGAUUUAAUCAGUCAAGAAAUGACUGAUGAUCAUCAUAGAAAAGAACGUCAUGAAUCAUCUCAAACCCGUCAAGAAAAUUCACCGUUUGAAAAACAAGAAGAAAAGUCAAAAAUAUUAUCUUCCCAUGCAAAAAAGGUUUGUGACAAAUUAGAGAAAGUAUUAUUCUAAGAUCUUUAAGUUUUUUUUAUCUUCUAAUCUAAACGUUUCUAUUGAAAAUCAGUAACUUUGUCGCGUGAAGUUGACGUCUUGACAACCGCUCUCUCUCUCUCCGCUAAUAGUCAGUCUCUUUUUAUUUGGUGAAUUUUUUUAACUUAAAAGCAUUUAAAAGUUAUAUAUUAUUGACUAAGAUUUUUUGUACCUCUCUUUUUAAGUGAAACCGAUACUUUAACGUUUACUCUCUUGUCAAAAGUUAUAUUGAUGCUAUCGUUUCUUUGCUAAAAUCAAGAUCAAUGAUUAAUCUAUGUAAGGUCUUUUGUUAACGAUCUAUUAUAAUCUUACCAGACUCCCACUAGGAUGCUAUAGGAAUCCUGCUAUCUUGCUCGUUAAUAGAUAUUUUUCGAUGGAUCGAACAUCUACCACUCUUCUAUAGGAAUCUCACAAGAAGUUUAGGAUCUUUCGAGAUCUUACAGAACGCCUAUAGAAUCCUUGUAGAAUCUGUACAGAAUUCUGUAGGAUCCUGUCAUAGAACUAUUCGACGUUGUUGCCUGCCUAGACAGUUGAAUUUUGAUAUUUAAUCUUAUAAGAUCACACAAGAUCUUCCAAGACCAUAGUGGAAGAUUUGGUAAGAUCUUGUGAUACGAACUUGUAUGAACUUGGAGGAAUGCACAAGGCCAUUUCAUAGCAUCUUAUUAGGAAUUCACCCAUCUAUCUAAGCUGAUAUUAUUGCUAUUCCUCCUGUCGGUUCUUUUAUUGAUAUUUUCUCGCAUUGACAGAACACAGUGGGCAAUUCUGACUAGGCACACGGACAUGUGUCAUCAAAGCGAUACGGAAGCUUCUAAACACUAUUUUUAUAGAUUUUCGUAUAUACUCUUUGCAGUGGUAUGAUUUAAAAGUUCA